AUGGUGUCUACUUUGCCUGACAUCUCCCAUCUUGCGAUAUCCAAACCGGAGCUGAUCGGUGUCUUACGACAAAUGGGUCCUCAAGUCAAGUGGCCUCCUAAGAUGAAGGCCGCGGAGGCUAAUCGAAACCCCAAGCGAUGGUGUGAGUUCCAUAGUGACCAUGGUCAUACUACAGAGGAUUGCAUAGCCCUAAAGAUGGAAGUCGCCGAGCUCCUCAAGAAAGGUCCCGGUCUCCCUAUCGAGGCAGCUCCCGCAUUGCCACCACAGCAAGACCGGGUGAUCCACGUCAUCACAGGCGGAUCAGAGGUAAGCGGAAUUAGCAGUGCCGCAGCCAAGAAAAGUACUCGCAAUGCCAGGAACAGCCAAGAGGCCGAGGGUCCCAAGCGCCUCCUUGGAACAGAUGAGAUCAGUUUCACUGCAAGGGAGCAGGAGAAGGUCCUCACCCCUCAUCAUGACGCUCUCGUCAUUUCACUUACCAUAGCAAACUGCUUGGUCAAGCGGAUACUAGUUGAUAAUGGGAGCUCUAGCAACAUAAUCUUCCAUUCGGCCUUCGCCGACCUGGGUUUGGAACCUACAGCUCUAACCAGAAAGGCAACUCCCCUCGUAGGCUUCAGUGGAGAAGUGAAACAAACCUUAGGAGAAGUCCUUCUUCCCGUGUAUGCCGAAGGGGUAAACCAAACCACGAAGUUCCUGGUCGUCGACUGUCCCUCAUCAUACAACGUGAUAUUGGGAAGGCCUUGGAUCCAUGACAUGGGAGCCGUACCUUCAACUUUGCACCAGCUGGUCAAGUUCCCAACCCCUUGGGGCAUCAGAGCGGUCAAGGGGGAUCAAGAGAAUGCUAGGUCUUGCUAUCAGACUACCCUUAGGGGAAAGACUCAGGUCUUAUAG